AUGAAAAGUUUCAAAUUAUUUGAAAGAGAUUAUGAAUAUGAUGGACCAUGUGAUGGAAGUUAUCAUUCAUUAUUGGAAUGUGGCCGUCCAUUAGGAAUGCGAUUCAACCGGAAAAAUCCGGAUUUAUUACUUAUUGCUGAUGCUUAUUAUGGAUUAUUUGAAGCAAACAUUCAAAAUG